AUGCAGCAUUUGCGCUAUCUGCAUCUGGAACACUGCUUGUCUCUCACCCACCUCCCUCCAUCCCUCUCCGCCCUGACGUCCCUGCAAACCCUAAAAAUCAUGGUGUCUGGACGCUUCAGAGGCACCCUGCUAGACGGCUUCUGCUGUUUGAAAAGCCUCAAGGAGCUGGUGAUUCGUGACAUCCCACGCCUCUCUGCCCUUCCUGCCUCCUUCUCAGGCGUCUUUUCACUCACCAGCCUUGAAGUGAUAGGAUGCCCUAAGGUAACGGCCCUUCCUGUGGGAAUCGGACUGCUGGAGGCGCUCGAAGUGGUGAAGAUCGCACGGAUGGAUGGCUUGAAACAUCUCCCUGCUGAGCUUGUUAGGCUGCCGCGUGUGCGGGUGUUGGAGUUGCGGGGAUGCGGUGGGCUUGGCGCGCUUCUGGGGGAUGAGAUCGUGCUUCAACACACUGCUAGCAGUUCUUGGGUGACCUCGAACAGCACUGCCAGCAGCAGCACCAACAGGGCUCUGCUUCCAUCCCUCCGAUCACUCAGGUUAAAAGCUCUCUCUUUUUGUUUCAUGGGUCCGUCCCUUGGCCAGCUCUCCUCUCUCACGAAGCUGAAGCUCUCAGAGAUGCAUAGCCUGGUAUCACUCCCUGACUCCAUCUCUCAACUCUCGCGCCUAAAAAAACUCCGAAUCGAUUCCGCCUUGAGAAUGGAGGCUCUGCCGGAAACCUUGGGGGGGCUUUCGUGGCUGCGGGUCUUGCAGCUGGUUCGGCUCUCCACAAUACGGCAGCUGCCCGAGUCUAUUGGGCAGCUGAAGAUGCUUGAGGUCCUGGAGAUCAUUGACUGCUACAAGCUGAUGCAACUUCCAGGUUCCGUUGCGAGUCUGCAUAAGUUACGCUCCUGUACCCUUAUCAAGCUUGGGAUUUCAGCGUUUCCAAGAAAUUUCUGGGAGCUGUCGUCCCUCCAAGGGUUGGUGUUCCUGGGGCUGAAGCACGUCCGCAGCUUGCCGCAGUCGUUCUCUAAGCUGCCUAAGCUGCGGUUGCUGCAUGUGAUUGCGUGCAAGAAGCUGGCUCGGCUGCCAUCUUCCUUCCGGAGAAUGCCGACGCUGCGUGAGUACCGUAUCAGCGGAUGCCCUUUGCUCUUACGGGAAGACAUGAUAAGGGUUCCUCGAAGGGUUGGCGAGGAGGAUGGGGAGGAGGGAGAAAGAGUGGCGGUUGAUGAGGGAGAGGAGGAAGGAGGGGAGAAGGCAGUGAGGGAGGAGGGAGAAGAUGCAGCGGUGGAAUGGGAAGACGCAGGCUGGGAGGAGGAGGAGGAGGUGGAGGAGGAGGAGGAUGCAGAGAGUGGUGGAGAGGACGCGGAGAUUGACCACGAGUAUGGCAGGGACAGUGACUUUGACCGGGACGAACGGUUACCUGACGAGCUUCUGUCCCGGAUUCUACGUUUUCUGGUUCGACCUGAUGGCCAGUUGGAGCACGCACUUGUUAGCAAGCAAUGGCAUCGCAUCGCGCACCGCGUGCAAUACGAGCUUCGCGUGCCUGAUUUCCUCCGUAUGGACCCGCGUCGCCUCGUUCAACUUCUGUCGUCGUUCCCUAACCUCGAAAAGCUCAUCCUUUCCUAUUGCAGCCUCACCUUCGUCCCUGAUUUCUUAUUCUCUCACCUCGCUAGCACGUCUCACCAUCUCACCCAGCUUCGUGUCGAACCGAUGUCACGCGGAGGUGUAUCUGAGAAGAGCCUCGUUACGCUGUUCGAGGGGUGUACGCGACUGGAAGAUCUUGGUGUGUAUUGUUCGGAGGGUGUUGCUGUUCCCAUGUCGAUCGACCGACUCACACGACUCAGAAGCUUAACCCUCAGGGCAUUCGUUACCCGUCUACCCGACACUCUUACCUCGUUACAGCUUCUCAGAAGCCUCGUGCUGCAAACUGUUAGGCUCGAAGCUUUGCCUGAAGAUUUUGGCAGCCUGGUUUCCUUGACAUCUCUGGAGCUGCACGAUUGCCGCUUGGCGUCACUUCCGGACUCUUUUGGGCAGCUUACCGCUCUGAACCGGUUUUCCUUGAGUCACUGCUCAACGUUGCAGCUACCGGCCUGUUUCACCGAGCUUUCUUCUCUUGCCGUUCUGGAGCUCCGACAUUGCAGGAUUCUUCCUCCGUCCCAGGAUUUCAAUUUCAACUUCGGUCAACUGGAGGCACUUGAAACCGUCGUUCUGGUUGGAGUGAGGGGAAUGCGCGACCUGAUAGCUGAUUUGGAGCAUUUUCAGCGACUGAAGACUCUGACUACCAAGGACUGCAGUGAUAUCACGAUUCUGCCCGCGUCUCUUCCCCGCCUGCCGCUCACCACACUCAACCUUCACAUGGACGAACUCUCAUUGCUGCCCGAAGAUUUUGGGCGGUUGUCAGAGCUUCGGACACUGUUGCUGGGCUUAAGGAAUCUCACGGCGUUACCUGAUUCCAUCGGCCUGCUUACUAGACUUCAAGAUCUUUCCUUAGAACAUCUUCAAGAUAUGAGAUACCUGCCCCAGGAGUUCGGUCAGCUGGUUUCUUUGAAGAAGCUGUGCCUGAAAGACAUUCUGCAGCUCACACACCUGCCCGAAACAUUCGGGCAGUUGAUAUCUCUGCAGGAGCUGAAAUUGCUGGAGUGUAUGCAGCUGCAGCAGCUCCCAAAGUCCCUAUCCCAGCUAUCUUCUCUUGAGCACCUGGAGAUUAGUACUUGUCCGCGCCUCACCGUGCUACCAGACGACAUGGGGAAGGGUUUGCAGUCCUUGCGCCAUUUAUUCCUACUGGACUGCACCGCUCUCAUCCACCUCCCACCAUCCUUCUCUGGCCUAACGUCGCUCGAAAGUCUCCAGAUUGAAAACGCGAAACGCUUCAGGGGCGCGCUGCUAGACGGCUUUGGCUGCUUGAAGAGCCUCAAGGAGCUGUCGCUCGAUUCCAUGCCCCGCCUAUCCGCCCUUCCUGCUUCCUUCUCGGGCGUUUCUUCCCUCACCAGCCUGGAAGUGGGGAAUUGCCCCAAAGUGACGGUCCUGCCAGAGGGAAUCGGACGGCUGGAGGCGCUGGAGGAGAUCAGAAUCUUUGGGAUGGACGGCCUGAUAUGUCUCCCGCCGUCGCUUCUUGAACUGCCUCGUCUGCGGGCGUUGGACGUGCGGGGGUGUGGUUCCCUGAGUGGGGUGCUAGGGGAUGAAAAGGUGCUUAGACAAACUGCCAGGGGCUUGGUUACCAGCACCGGCAGCAGGAGCAGCAGCCGCCCUUUGCUUCCUUCCAUUCAAAGCCUCAAGAUGAAAGAGCUCAAUGUCGAGUUGUUUGGUCCGUCCCUUGGUCGUCUGUCUUCCUUGAUGCAGCUGAAGCUCCUUGAAAUGUACAAGCUUGAGUCUCUCCCCAACGGCAUCUCCCAACUCUCGCAGCUGCAACGGCUCAAGAUUGAUUCGGCCUACUAUCUGAACGCACUACCUGAGACCCUUGGGGGGCUGGCAGGGCUGCGUGUCCUGCAGCUGGUUUACCUCUCGACAAUGCGCCAUCUGCCCGAGUCUCUCGGGCAACUGAAAAUGCUCGAGACGCUGGAGAUUAUCGAUUGCUACAAGCUGAUGCAGCUUCCAAAGUCCUUGCCAGAUUCGUUCACUCGGCUGCCUAAGCUUGAGCGCCUGGAGGUGUGCAUAUGCAAGAAGCUGACUCGGCUGCCCCCCUCUCUCCGGAAUAUGCCGACGCUGCGUGAGUGCGACAUCACUGAAUGCCCUCUGCUUUCCCGCCGGGACACGAGAGGGCUUCCUGCAAGGAGAGAGGAGGGAGAGGAGGGUGAGGAGGAGGAAGGGGGAGGGGAUGCGGAAGAGGAUGAGGGGGAGGAGGGAGGCGAUGCGGCGGUGGAAAGGGAAGAGGUGGGUGGGGAGGAGGCACCAGAGGAUGAGGAGAGUGGUGGCGAGGAUGAUGAUAUUGAGCAUGAGUAUGCCAUGGACAGUGACUAUGACAGGGAUAACGGCGGAGGCUUGGGGGAGAGUGAUGAUGAUUAUGAUGAAUCGGAUGCAAAGCUAACCCUCGUGCUGAACACUCAUAUGAUUGAAGCACUUCCUCCGGAUUUCGGCAAUCUGGUUUCCUUGACGUCGCUGGAGCUGCACACUUUCCGCUUGGCGUCACUUCCGGACUCUUUGGGACAGCUUACAGCUCUGAACCGCCUUUCCUUGCGUAACUCCACUUUCGUCACGUUGCAGCUGCCGUCCUCCUUCGCCGAACUCUCGUCUCUCGCCGUCCUGGAGGUGCGAAGAUGCAUGAUUCUUCCGCCGUCGCCGGUCGAUUUCAGUCAACUGAGGGCACUUGAAACCAUCAUUCUGGAUGAAGUGGGGGGAAUGCGCGACUUGGUUGCGGAUCUGGAGCAUUUUCAGCGAGUGAAGACUCUGGUUAUCAACUACGUUGAUAUCACGACUCUACCCGUGUCUCUUCCCCGCCUGCCUGCACUCACCAAGCUCACCCUUGACAUUGACGAACUCUCAUUGCUGCCCGAAGAUUUCGAGCAGUUGUCAAUGCUUCGGACACUCGUCCUAGAGCUAAGGACUCUCACAGCCUUACCUGAUUCCUUCGCCUUGAUCACUACACUGCAAGAGCUUUCCCUAAAGUUUUUUCAACAUCUGAGAUAUCUUCCCCAGGAGUUUGGGCAGCUGGUUUGUUUGGAGAAGCUGUAUCUGAAGAGCCUUGACCAGCUCAAAUGUCUUCCUGAAUCUUUUGGGGAGUUGACAGCUCUCCGGGAGCUGAAAAUACUGGAGUGUUGGCACUUGCAGCAACUCCCGGACUCCUUAUGCCAGCUGUCUUCUCUCGAGCACCUGGAGAUUAAGAGUUGUCCGCGACUCACGAUGUUACCAGAUGACAUGGGGAGCGGUUUGCAGUCCUUACGCCAUCUGCUUCUACUGGAGUGCACCGCUCUCACCCACCUCCCCCCAACUUGUUCUGACCUGACGUAUCUCGAAACCCUCAAGAUUGAACGCGCGAAAUACUUCAUGGGAGCUCUACUAGACGGCUUCGGCUACUUGAAACGCCUCAAAGAACUGUCGCUCGAUGCUAUGCCGCGCCUAUCCGCCCUUCCUGCCUCCUUCUUUGGCGUUUCUUCCCUCACGAGACUGGAAGUCGGAAACUGCCCUAAAGUGACGGUCCUGCCUGAGGGAAUCGGACGGCUGGAGGCGCUCGAGGAGGUCAGGAUCUUUAAAAUGGGCGGCCUGAUAUGUCUCCCUCCAGCUCUUCUUGAGCUGCCUCGUCUGCGGGCAUUGGAGGUGCGGGGGUGUGGUCGGUUAAGUGCGGUGCUAGGCGAUGAGAAGGUGCUUCGACGUACUGCCAGGGGCCCUGUGACCAGCACCGGAAGCAGCAGCAGCAGCCGCGUUUUGCUUCCUUCUAUCCAAAUCCUCAAAAUUAAGGAGUUGAAUGUUGAGUCCAUCGGUCCAUCCCUUGGUCACCUAUCCUCUCUGACGCAGCUGAAGCUCCUUGAGAUAGGCACACUUGGCUCUCUCCCUGAUUCCAUCUCUCAACUCUCGCAGCUGCAACGGCUCAAGGUUGAUUCGGCCUACAAUAUGAAAGCACUGCCCGAGACCCUUGGGGGCCUUGCAAGACUGCGUGUCUUGCAGCUGGUUUAUCUCACCACAAUGCGGCAGCUGCCCGAGUCUUUCGGGCAGCUGAAAAAGCUCGAGACGCUGGAGAUUGUUGACUGCUUCAAGCUGAUGCAGCUUCCAGACUCCUUCGUGAAUUUAUCCAACCUACAGUCCUGCUCUCUUAUCAAGCUCGGAAUCUCAACCAUUCCGGAUGAUAUCUGGAAGCUGUCUUCGCUUGAGAAGUUGCUGUUGCUGGGACUGAAGCAGUUACAAAGCUUGCCGAAUUCAUUCACCCAGCUGCCUAAGCUUGAGGAGCUGGAGGUGUGCAUGUGCAAGAAGCUGACUCGGCUGCCGCCUUCUCUCCAAAGAAUGCCGACCCUGCGUGAGUGCAACAUUUCUGGAUGCCCUCUGCUCUCUCGGAGAAACACGAGAGGGGUUCUCGCAACGAGAGAGGAGGGAGAGGAGGAAGAGGGAGGGGAAGGGGGGGAAGGGGAGGGAGGGGAUGCGGAUGAAGAAGAGGGAGAGGAAGGAGGCGAUGCGGUUGUGGAGAGGGAAGAUGCCGACGAGUUUUCAUCAGAGGAAGAGGAGAGUGGUGGUGACGAUGAUGAUGUAGAGCAUGAGUAUGCCAUGGACAGUGACCAUGACAGGUCCUUAGGCAGAGGCUGGCGGGAUAGUGAUGAUGACUAG